AUGAAGGCGAAGGAGAAGGCGAGGAGAGGGGCAAAAGAGAAAUUGGAAAGGUUCAGCACGAUGAGGAAAUGGAAGAGAUUAUGCACCAUGGCGAGGAGGAAGAACGCCCAGAACAACACAGAUGGCGACGUCCUCUCGGUCGAACAAUCUCCUCCGGAAGAGGGUAAGGAAGAUAAGCUCGGCGAAUUCGAGGAGAAAGCAAAGGAAACCGUUGAGCAUCCCGGGACUGGCUACAAGCAGUUCAGGAAGAAGAUUGGCGAGUGGAGGCAUCGUGAUGAAGGCGAAGAGCAGAAGUCCAAGCAGAAAUCCAAACGCGGCCCGGCACUGGCUUACCAGUUCGGUAACACUAUUAUUGUCGAAGAUGAAGAUGGCGAAGUCGUCAAGCAGGGGAAGAGGCAGGCGCCCAAGAGGGCGAGAGCUCUGAGGCUCAACAGACUGGAUACCCAAAUCUUCGACUCUUUCAAGGAAAACAAGGAUGACUACAAGGACGACGAGCACAUCCGAUUUACCAUCGGCAGCGCCGGUCGCCGUCUCACCAAGGAAGACUUCCUCAACGAGAUCCGCUCCCUAGACCCUAAGGGUCGCGCAGCUGUACUCGAUAGGUCUGAUGCACCGCCCGCAAUGAAGGAUCUCGCGCGCAGAGACGCAGAUUCCAGCAUCCCCGGCUCAAACCGCCUCUUCAGCGCAAAGAACGUGCAAUUCGGCGCUUCCGCAGCCGCAGCCAAAGUCGUCGGCGCCGCGAUGUCAGGCGCCCAUGCUCCAAAACUCAAGGAGCUGGACGGAGCGGCAAGCAGCAGCAGCCGUAGCAGCGAGGACGCCAAAGAGCACCGCGCAGUGGCUAUGAAACAAAGAGCGCUGUUCGCGCACGCACAAGAUUCCGAGGACCGGGGGCGCCGCGAACAAGCCCUCAAGGGGGUAAAUGAUGACGAUGUUCCCGCCGGAAAGCGCCCCGUGGCUACCCCCGCCGAUAAGCGCAGAGAGUCUGCUACGACGGCGAGGAGAAAUUUUGUCGCCGGAGCGACGAGGGAUGGUUCCGAGACACCUGCGGAAUGGAGGCGUCGUAUUGCAGCGCUAGGACACAGCGAGGAGCAAGAGGGCGAUGAGAAUGAGGCGUCCCCGACGCUGCCGACGCUGCAGAGCCAGUCGUCGACUAUGAGCGGGAGGAGUCGCGGGAUCCGCUUUGCGGAGGACCCGGUGAGAGGACGCAAGUGA